AUGGCUUAUAGACGUUGCCUCUUGCAAAGAGGAAGCAACCUCAUAGAUCGUAGGUGUCACCCUUCCUUCAGCUAUGUUCUCCAUAGCGACGACGCGAAACGCGAUCAACCAGACGAUAAACCGUCUUUGGCUGGAAUCAGUAAUAGUUUUAUUCAAACAAGGUCCUUUGGAAGCUCUUUUAAUGGAUCAAUGGGUUUUUUCUCGGGUUUUCGACAUAAGGAACUUUAUCCAUUUGCUGGAUAUAGUUUCUGCCGGAAUAUGUCGACGAUGGAUCAGAAUUCGGAUAAGAUUACAGUAAUGACGGAUGUGGCUGAUGUUCUCACUGACACUGCUAUGGAGACUGUAACUUCUCAGGCGGCUCCAGUUGUUAGCGAAGUUGCCAUUGCUGCGGCUGAUUCUUAUUUGCCUGUACAAGCUUUACAGUAUUUCAUAGAUGCUGUUCAUUCCUACACUGGGCUAAACUGGUGGGCGGCCAUAGCUCUGACGACUCUCUUGAUUCGAACCGCAACUGUUCCACUCUUAAUAAAUCAACUCAAGACCACUUCUAAGCUUACGCUUAUGAGGCCUCACUUGGAAGCAAUAAAGGAAGAGAUGGAUGGGAAGACAUUUGAUCCCGAGGCUGUUGCCGAAGGUCAGAAGCGGAUGAAAAAGCUAUUCAAAGAAUAUGGUGUGAGUCCUCUUUCGCCAUUGAAGGGACUUUUUAUUCAAGGUCCUGUCUUCAUUAGUUUUUUUCUUGCGAUAAAUAACAUGUCUGAAAAAAUGCCAUCAUUCAAGCAUGGUGGAGCUUUCUGGUUUACCGAUCUCACAACUCCCGAUGCCUUAUACGUUUUUCCAGUUUUGGCUGCAUUAUCGUUCUUAGUAGUAGUAGAGUGUAAUAUGCAAGAAGGAAUGGAAGGAAAUCCUAUGGGUGACACAAUGAAAAAAUUCUCGAGGAUUCUUGCUUUUCUGACAGUUCCUUUCACCAUGACUUUUCCAAAGGCAAUAUUUUGUUACUGGAUUACAUCGAAUUUGUUUUCACUGACGUAUGGAAUGGCACUUAAAGUUCCUGGUGUAAAGCAAACUUUAGGUAUUCCUGAUUUACCUGCUGCUCCAAAACCCACCAGUUCUCCGCAAUCUUCCUUCUCUAUAUUAUCAGCACUAAAGCAAGCUGCAUCAGCUGCAAAUGGUCAAAGCUCAUUGCCUGUUGAAACACCAAAAGAACCAAACAAAAAAAUACCUUCUUCUUCUUCUUCUUCUGCUGUUAUUAGUCAGAGGCUUAGAAGCUUAGAGAAACAAGUAAAAGGAAGAAAGAAAAACAAGAAGUGA